UGUGUGAUAUGAACGGUCAAACAUACUUUACCGAAAUAUGAUUGCAAUCUCUUUAUGUAUUUAUAAAUGAAAUCCGUAAUGAACGAUCUGAAAACAAAAUGAUGGAAUGCAUGGCUGUGCACUCAUCAAAGCAGCAGUAUUCUCUUCUGCUGUUACUUCUACUAGUACUUGUUGUAGGGAUCCUUUUGGAAGAAGCUAAUGCAGAAAAAUGCAAAAGAAAAUGUGGGUCUCUUAGUAUUCCGUUCCCUUUCGGCACCACGGAGGAUUGCUCUCUGGACGCUUCUUUUCUGAUUGAUUGCAAGACCAAGAAGAACACUCCAUACUUGCCGCAAACUAACUUAACUGUGCAGAGCAUCUCCCUCAACGGCCAACUCCGCGUUUCUUUUCCGGUAGCCAGUUUUUGUUACACCCGCAACGGUACCAACCAAACUAAUCAGCAACACAACCUCACAUAUUUCACCGUCUCACCCACUCAAAACAAGCUCUUUGUUGUUGGUUGUAACACAAUUGGAGCAGUGAAUGCAUAUGAUUCAGAGGGUAAGAAGUACUUCACAGGGUGCUUGGCAUUGUGCAACACGCCCGACUAUGCAACCAACGGGACGUGCACGGGAGUCGGUUGUUGCGAGAUUCCGAUCAUGGCGGCGCAAGAGCUAUCUAGCAUGUUUUAUGUUUCUCUUCGUGCCUUCACUAGCAACAGCUACGUCAGCAGUUUCAACCCCUGCAGUUAUUCUUUUGUGGCGGAAGACGGAGCCUACAAGUUCUCCUCCGCGGAUCUUGCCAAGUUCCACCAUGCCACGUUUCCAACGGUGCUGGAUUGGAGUGUGCGAAACGUGACUUGCCAACAAGCCAAGAAGAACAAGAAUCAUGAUUUUGCGUGUAAGGCUGAGAAUAGUGAAUGUGUCAAUGCAAAGGAACAUGGUUAUCUAUGCAAUUGCUCUGCUGGUUUUAAUGGAAAUCCUUAUGUCCUUAAUGGUUGCCAAGAUGUGAAUGAAUGCAUGGAAUCCAACGAUUGCUACAGUAAAGCAAUUUGCCACAACGUUCCUGGUAGCUAUAGCUGCUCCUGUCCAAAAGGUUACAUAGGAGAUGGCAAAAAAUAUGGAACACAAUGCCGACCCAAUUCCAGUUCCAAUUCUAGAGCAAAGAACAUUUUGAUAAUUGCAUUGAGUAUUAGUGGAGGCGUGAUAGCACUACUUGUGGUGAGUUUUUAUGUGUAUUGGAGAAUGAAGGAAAAGAAACUAAUCAAACUUAAAGAACAUUAUUUUCAGCAAAAUGGUGGCCUAUUGUUACAACAACUCAUUGCUAGACAAAGAGAAUCAACUGAUGAAACAGCUAAAGUUUUCACUGUGGAUGAACUUAACAAGGCCACUAACAACUUUGAUGAGAACAAGAUCCUUGGUAAAGGGGGUCAGGGAACUGUUUAUGAAGGACUACUAUCAGAUAACAAGACUGUAGCAAUUAAAAGGUCCAAGAUCAGUGACCCAAGUCAAAUUGAACAUUUCAUCAAUGAGGUUGUUGUACUCUCCCAAAUCAACCAUAAGAAUGUGGUUAAACUUUUGGGUUGCUGUUUAGAUGCACAAGUUCCAUUGCUUGUUUAUGAGUUCAUUCCCAAUGGUACUAUUUUUGAGCAUCUUCAUAGUCAUAACCAUUCCUUAAGACUUUCUUGGAAAACAAGAUUGAGAAUAGCAGCAGAAACUGCUGGGGCUUUAGCUUACUUGCAUUCUGUUACUUCUCCUCCAAUCAUACACAGAGAUGUCAAAACUACUAACAUACUUCUUGAUCAUGAUCUUGUAGCAAAGGUUUCGGAUUUCGGAGCUUCCAGAAUUGUUCCUCUUGAUAAGACACAAUUAACCACAUUGGUGCAGGGGACAUUAGGGUAUCUUGAUCCUGAAUACUUCCAAACAAGUCAACUAACCGAGAAAAGUGAUGUGUAUAGUUUCGGAGUUGUUCUGGUAGAGUUACUAACGGGACGAAAGGCGCUCUCUUUCGAAAGGCCGGAGAAUGAUAGAAACCUUGCAUUGUACUUCAUUUCUGCAAUGAAAGGAGGGAAUUUACUUGACAUUGUGGACAACCAUGUAAUGAAUGAGGCAAAGGUUGAGCAAAUAAUUGAAUUUGCUAAUGUUGCAAAACGUUGUUUAAGAGUGAUGGGGGAGAGAAGGCCUACAAUGAAAGAAGUGGCAAUGGAGCUUGAGGGACUUAGAGUUGAGGAGAAGCAUAGAGGAGAAAGUGUGAAGUUGUAUUCAGAAGAGACAGAGGAGUUGCUUAAAUCAACAGUAUCUACUUGCAUUGUUGAAGAUGUUAAUAGUAGCAUUGGUCAGAUUUCAAUGUCAUUGAGUGGUGGAAGAACCUUUCCAUCUGAUGAUGAAUUAGGAAGAUUAUCUGCUUUCAUUGCUGUGGAUGUUGUUGUAAACACAGAGUUAGUGCCUCUAGAAGGAGAAGAUGAAGGAGAAGCAGAUGCAGUAACUCAACCAAACUCAAAUUGCACAAAACGCUGUGGCUCCGUCGAAAUUCCGUUCCCAUUUGGCACCGACGAGAGCUGUUCCCUCGACACCUCCUUCCUCAUCUCUUGCAACCACACUUCAACCCCAUACUUGCCUCACAACAACGCAACCGUGCUGAGCAUCUCGCUCGACGACGGCGAAAUGCGCGUUUCAGCAGCAAGUAAAAACAAGCUCACAGCCGUUGGUUGCAACACAAUUGGAGAAAUAGUAGAGUAUAAUGUUAUAGAGAGAAGAAACUAUGCCACUGGGUGCUUUUCAGUGUGCCUCAGUGUUAAUGAAACAACUAGCGGGAUCUGCACCGGCGCCGGUUGUUGCCAGAGCCCAAUACCGGCGAAUGGCCUAUCGGAUAUUGGUAUUGGAUCUUAUAGUAGUGGUGCUGACAGCUACAACGCCAUUUUUUCCUCCAUCAACUCCUGCGGCUAUGCGUUUGUGGCGGAGGAUGGAGCCUACAAUUUCUCCUCCGCAGACCUUGUCAACUUCCGCCACCAAAGUUUUCCCGUUGUAGUGGAUUGGGCUGUGGGGAAGCAGACUUGUGAAGAAGCUCAAAAGAACACUUCAAGCUAUGCAUGUAGGGCUGAUAAAAAUGAAUGUUACAAUUCAACCAAGGGAGUUGGUUAUAUUUGCAAAUGCUCCACUGGUUUUGGGGGAAAUCCUUAUCUCGUUGGUGGUUGCCAAGACGUUGAUGAAUGCAAGAACAAGGAAUGGAACGAUUGCUAUAGUCGAGCAAUAUGCAAGAACGUACCUGGUAACUAUACCUGUUCGUGUCCAAAAGGAUACCAUGGAGAUGGGAGAGAAAAUGGAACAAAGUGCCGUCGUCAGUCCAGGACACAAUUCAUUUUAAUCAUGGCAUUGGGCGUUAGUGUUGGUGUUAUAGCACUACUUGUGACAAGCUUUUAUGUGUAUUGGAGAAUGAAGGAAAAGAGGCUAAAUAAACUUAAGGAACAAUUUUUUCAACAAAAUGGUGGCUUCAUCCUACAACAAAAGAUUUCAAGACAUAGAGGGUCAAAAGAAACAGCUAAACUCUUCACCGUGGAAGAAUUAAAGACAGCCACCAACAACUUUGACGAAAGCAAGAUCUUAGGCAAAGGGGGUCAAGGAACAGUUUAUAAAGGAUUACUAUCAGACAAUAGAACCGUAGCAAUUAAAAGAUCCAAAAUCAGUGGCUCAACCCAAAUUGAACAAUUCAUCAAUGAAGUUGUGUUGCUUUCCCAAAUCAACCAUAGAAACGUGGUUAGACUCUUAGGUUGUUGCUUAGAGACAGAAGUUCCAUUACUUGUUUAUGAGUUCAUUCCUAAUGGUACCAUUUUUGAGCAUCUUCAUGGUCAUAACAUUAAUAAUCCACAAUCUUUGAAGCUUUCUUGGAAAACAAGAUUGAGAAUAGCAAUAGAAACUGCUGGGGCCUUAGCAUACUUGCAUUCUGCUAUUUCUAUACCAAUCAUACACAGAGACAUCAAAACAACUGAAUUAACCACUUUGGUGCAGGGGACACUAGGGUAUCUUGACCCUGAAUACAUGCACACUAGCCAGUUAACUGAGAAAAGUGAUGUGUAUAGUUUUGGAGUCGUCUUAGCAGAGCUGCUCACGGCAAAGAAGGCGCUCUCUUUCGCCGUGUCGCCGGAGGUUAGAAACCUUGCCGUAUACUUUGUUUCUUCAAUGGAUGAAGGCUGUUUACUUCAGAUUGUGGACGAACACAUUAUAAAUGAAGCAAACGUUGAGCAUCUUAUGGAAUUUGCCAAUGUUGCUAAACAGUGUUUGAGAGUUAAGAGGGAAGAAAGGCCUAGCAUGAAAGAAGUUGCAUUGCAACUUGAGGGGCUUAGAGGAGUAGUUGGAGAGAAACACCGAUUGGAAGAAACUAAAAGCUCGUUGAAAGCAUCAUCGUCUUCAAUCUUGGAUGUUGAAAGUUCUAAGUUUAUUGAUAGCUUAAGUCAGGUUCCUAUGUCACUGGCUGGUGGAAGAUGAUUAAUUAUUAGAUAAAUUGUAAUUAAUAAUGUUUACAUCUUUACUUAGAC